AUGAAUGGAUCCCUGCUGCAGCGAAAGCAGCAACAGCAGCAGCAGCAGCACCAGCAGCAGCUCGGCGCGGAUUCCAGCAGCAGCUUAACUGACACAGAAGAUGAGGUGCUUGGGGGAAGGGCCCCGCAGGUGCGUGCAGCAGCAGCAGCAGCAGAGGAGUUGGCUGCUCUCAUCCGCAGCAGCGCAUGCAAAGCCCCCCCUCAACAGCAGCAGCAGCAGCAGCAGCAGCAGCUGUCUCAGCAUGCUGCGCUGCUGCAGCAGUGGCCCAAGCUGCUAGAAGCAUACAGCAAGAAGCUGCUGCAGCUCGAAGAGGAAGGAACGAAAGCCCUCAGCAGCUGGCAGCAGCAGCACCUGCAGCACAGGCGCGAGCUGUACAGAGCAGCAGCGGCUGUCGCCCGCAGCAAACCGCAGAAGCUACCAACAAACAACAGCAGCAGAAACAGCAGCAACAGCAGCAGCAACAGCAGCUGCAACAGCAGCAGCAACAGCAGCAGCAGCAGGAGUACAGGGGAAAGCUGCAUGCGCAGAGAGCAGCAAAGCGUAGAGACAGCAGCAGCAGCAGCAGCAGCAGCAGCAACAGAAGGAGCAGGAACAGCAGCAGCAGAAGAGGGAAGAGCAACAGCAACAGCAACAACAGGAGGAGACGCAGAAAGAACAGGAAGAUAA